AUGGCAGGAUCACCCCUCACUUGGCUGAUCACCGGUGCCUCGUCCGGCCUGGGCGAGUCCCUGGCUCUGAAAGCUCUCGGGGCCGGCUUUAAUGUCAUCGGCACCACUCGCGACGUCAGCAAAGCACAAACCGCCUGCCCGGAUUUUGAAGACAAAGGUGGUAUCUGGCUGGGGCUCGACCCUGGGAAGAAGGAUGCCUACGAAAAAUUCGCUAAGUGCUGUCAGGAACAUGACGUGGAUGUUCUAGUCAACAAUGCGGGAUAUGCAUUCAUUGGUGGUGUUGAGGAUACCAGUGAGUCCGACAUCCGUGAUCAAAUGGAAGUCAACUUUUAUGGGCCGCUUCGGACUGUCCAGGCCUGUCUCCCGGUCAUGCGUGCCAAAGGCUCUGGUCACAUCAUCCUUAUUAGUAGCGGUUCUGGAUUCAUUGCACGGCCCGGACAAGCGACCUAUUCCGCUAGUAAAUUUGCGAUUGAGGCAAUCCACGAGUCGCUUUCCUAUGAGGUCAAGCCCCUUGGUGUCAAGGUCUUGAUCGUGGAACCGGGUGCCUUCCGGACGCCAUUUUCGAGGAGGAUCCUGACACCUGCUGGGUUAGAAAACGGUUUCAGUGACGGCUACAAGGGCACCCCAGUCGAGCAGACAAUGACCAGAUCGCUGCAUCUCACGUCGAUUCCGGACUGGGUGAAAGGAGACCCCGAUAAAGCGGCACAGGCAAUCAUCAACGCCACUGUUGAGGGCUACGAUUAUCUUCGUCUACUGCUAGGCAAGGAUUGUGUGGUUGCACUUGAGUCCAAGAUUAGCGAGCUUCAGAGGGACCUGGAUGCUACUAGACCGAUUGCCACCGCUACCGACGUUGACUGA